GAGAUGGACGUCACUAUGCGUUUACUCAAAUCCAAUGCUGGGGGCUUUGCCUUCAUCUCCAUAAGCGGUCUCCUUACCAGAGCCAUCCUGUCGCCUAUGUCGAUGACAGAAACCGCUGUCUCGACGUUCAAGGUUGUCAUGAUUGGCUUUCUCUGCAACUACAUCUUUGACAUUGCGAACCAGGCCUCUUCUCCGCUUGAAGAUUAUCUGAACAAGCCAUACCGCCCGAUCCCGGCGGGACUCAUCAGUCUCGAUCAAGCCAAAGCUCGAUGGAUCUUGACAUGGACACUUGGACCCGUCAUCAUCUACUACUCCUUUGGUCUUUGGGCGGCACUACAUCUGCUUCACUUUCAGAUACUGAUCUGGGUGUGCUAUGUAUGGCCACGAUGGUAUUCUUGGUUCAUGCGCAACUACUUCGCGGCCGUCUCCUACUUCAUUCUUUCACGACUUCUCAAUCAAGUCCUAUUGGCCAACGGACCUUCAGUUCAGGGCAACAAUAUCUGCAUUGACGCCAUCGUCUUCUUCUGGCUCAUGGCGACUAUCCACAUUCAAGAGUUCUACGAUCUCGAAGGAGACCGAAAGAGCGAUAGAAAGACCCUCCCAAUGUUGCUCUGCGAUAAGGGCUUGAAGGUAUUGCGAGCUGGCACAUCGAUAUUCAUCAUCGCCUUCAGCUUAGGGGUAUUGGUUGUCGGAGGG